AACAAAGCAUGCAACAAGCGCUACAAAAAAUAAAUAGUAGAAGAAGUUAACUCAUAAACAUUUUCUUAUUCUAGAAAAAGAAUGCCUAUUUCAAAAAUCGCCAUUGGAAAUUUUAGAGAAAUUACUAAGCAUGAUGCCCUUAAGGCUGCCUUAGCUGAAUUUAUUUGCGUGAUUACUUUUGUUUUUCCCGCUGAAGGCUGUGCCGUAGUUUUCUCCAAGAUGAUCACGACUGGAGAUCCAGCCAAUGGGCUAAUUUCGGCAUCGAUAUCCCAUGCAUUUGCUCUUCUUACAGCAGUUUCAGUGGGAGCAAACAUAUCUGGAGGUCAUGCAAGCCCCGCUGUUACCUUUGGUGCAUUUGUCGGAGGUCACAUUACCUUUUUCAGAAGUGUAAUGUAUUGUAUUGCUCAAUUACUUGGAUCCGUUGUGGCUUGCUAUCUCCUCAAGAUUGCUACUAAUGGUUUGGUAAUGCCACUCCCCUCACUAAGCACUUAGCUAUAAUAGUUGUAUAUUACGCUUCUUUUAGUAUACUUUUAUUUGUGUCUGAUUUAUCGUCUUCAAGAUUUGCAAUUCUUAGUUUCCGCAUGACCUCUUAAUAAUUUUGAUUCGAACAUAUAGUGCAUACAAGGAAAGGCUUUCGGCAUCCAGCAAUCAAACAUAAAGUUGAGGGUUUUGUGAAAAUAAAAAAAAAUGUUAAUAAUUAGUUUAAACAAAACAUAUAUAGGUUAAAGUUAUCGAUGAAAUUUUUUGAAAAACAUUAUAUAAGUAUUAACUUUUGAAUUCAUAAUUUAAAAUAGGGGGAAAAAAUCAAAUAUGUGGACCUGUACUCUCUGAAAUUAAGCAAUUUUCCUUGUGUUAAACUUUUGAUCUAAUAUACCCUAGUGUAAGGAAAAAGUCUAGAUUUUGCUCUCAACCCCUAACAUAGCUCCAAUCUUAGGGUAAUUUAAAAUUUGAUAAAAAAAUUGAGGGGUAAUUUGUAUACUUUUUAUGUAGAGCUGGGACACAUGGAAGUCCUGUACUCAUUUCACUCUUGAGCUCUGUUAAUGCAAGACGAGAAAAUACAAGACCCCUUUUUAACAAUAAGUUGGGUAUGAAUGAACCAAAGUACAAUGAAGGGCAAAAUUGAACGGUUUGGGAUAGUAUAUGGACAAAUGUAGACCUUUUUGCUUUCAAAUAACUCAGAACCUUAACCCGCAUAAUCUUUAAAUUAUUAAUCCGUAUUUGAUACCAAUAAAAGGUUGUUUAUACUCUAGUUAUACAUAUCAACAUAACGCACGUAAAUAAUGAAACGAUUCACUAUGAAUGACGCGAUACACUAUUUUU